AUGUAUCCGCCUAUUUCCAUUGCUUCUGUUGCGUCUUCAGAUAAUGCGACGGAUCUUCUUGCUGAAGAAGACAUCUGUGAAACCGAGAAAGAAAACGAUGGAGUCACUAAUGUAAACGCUGAACUACCAAGCAGUUCUGACGAUGAAGUGCCUUUAAGCGAUAUCAUAAAGCGUAAGACGGUAUCAACAGCCUUAAGUGAGAUUCAGUUAAUAGAUUUAUGCAAACCUGGGCGCAAAAACUGUUAUAAUUUUGUUUACAAUACACCUGAAGAACUGUCGGAAGACGAACUGAAACAAAACUCUCAUUUAUUGGGGACUCUCAGAAAGAACAGGAAAGGGCUGCCAAAAGAAAUAUUAAAAGAGAAACUGAAGAAACGUGAGACCUGUGUAAUGGAAAAUAAUGACGGAGUGUUGGGUUUACGAUGGAAAGACAAGCGUGAUGUGUUGGCUCUAUCAACUCGGCAUACACCUGGUUUUGUCAACGUGCGCAGCGUGACUAUGAAACCAACCCUGAUAGCGGACUAUAAUCAUCAUAAUUGUUCUAUUGACUACUCAGAUCAAAUGGGUAGUUAUUCUAAUCCAGCAAGAAGAAGCUUGAGAUGGUUCCAAAAAUUAGCUAUAGAGCUUUUAUUUAGCACAUCUUUGAUCAAUGCUUUUAUUUUGUUCAAAACUUCCAAGAACUUGACGUCCAAAAAUAUACCAUAA